GCCAGAUAUGGCUCGGUGAUCAUGCCUAUAGCUCCCACUGCGUGGAAGCUCUUCCACUUCUUCGACGUCUCUCCAGUCCGGUUGCCGGAAGGCGAUGCCUCCCUGUCUCUCGAGCAAGCGAGCAUCGGGACGGUAACAUCGGGCAAGGCCAACGUCUUUGUCGGCACGCCCACCGGACAUGUCCAUUUGCUGGAUCACGCAUUCAAAUCCGUCCGGUCAUGGAAAGCGCACGAUGCAGGCAGCGUCACUCAUAUCACGCAAGUUCAUGACACCUCCUAUCUGAUCACCCUGGCCGAGACACUGCAGCAUGAACCCGAGCUCAAAGUCUGGACACUGGAUCAGACCGAGAAGAAGACCGGCUUCCCACGCUGUCUGUGCACUCUCACGGUUCAGAAUGGUCGCAAGAACUUUCCCGUGAGCGCUUUUGCCGUCACUAGCGACCUUGUGCAACUUGCUGUUGGUUUUGGAAACGGCGCUGUGACAGUGGUCCGAGGCGAUCUGAUCCACGACCGAGGCACGAAACAACGUACCGUCUUCGAAUCUGAGGAGCCCAUCACGGGCCUAGCAUUUCGAGAAGCGAGCACCACUGCUCUCUAUAUUGCCACGGUAUCGAAGAUUCUAGCUCUUGCCAUCUCUGGAAAGGCCCAAGGCACUCCUGCGCGAACACUGGACGAUCAUGGCUGCGCUGUCGGCUGCAUGACUUUGGACCCAGAAUCGAAUGAGGUGAUUGUCGCUCGUGAGGAUGCCAUCUAUUCGUAUGGUCCCAAGGGAAAGGCCAGCUCCUUCGCGUGCCAAGGCGCAAAGAAGCUGGUCAACGUGCACAAGGACUAUAUGCUGGUCGCCUCACCUCCCGCCAACAACUUUGGCCAGGCAUCCAAGCUCGGCGCAUUUCGCACUGCGCGAGCGGACGAGAUCUUCAAUACGAGUACCUUCUCAAUUCUGAAUGCUGAUCUGAAAUUCACUGCCUACUCCAAGCCCAUCUCGAGCCAGAUACAUAAAGUCUUCACGAUCUGGGGUGACAUCUUCUUGCUCACCAUUGACGGCAAACUCUAUCGAUACCACGAGAAGACGUUUCAGCAAAAGUUGGAAGAAUUGUACAGCCGUAAAGAAUAUCUGCUCGCCAUCAUGCUGGCGAAGAAGUAUAACAUUGAUGCUGUACAGCAAAAUGUUAUCUUCCGCAAAUAUGGGGAUUACCUGUACCAGAGAGGCGACUAUGAUACGGCUAUGCAACAGUACCUACGUGCUAUUGACAACACCGAGCCCUCGCAAAUUAUCCGGAAAUUCCUGGACAACCAGCGUAUACGAAACUUGAUCGAUUAUCUGGAAGAGCUCCAUGAGCACAACAAAGCUACGUCAGAUCACACGACACUGCUGUUGAACUGUUACGCCAAGCUGAAAGAUGUCGAUAAGCUGGAAGAGUUCAUCAAGCAGCCAGGGGAACUCAAGUUUGACCUGGACACAGCCAUCGUAAUGUGUCGGCAGGGCCACUACUAUGACCAGGCGGCAUUUUUGGCCAGACGACACGAAGAGCAUGGACUGGUCAUUGACAUCCUGAUCGAAGACCUCAAAAAGUAUGCAGAAGCCCUGGCAUAUAUCGUCCGACUUGAGCCAAAGGAGGCGUACCCGAAUUUCAUGAAGUACGGCACGGUGCUGCUUGCACAUUGUCCUGCAGAAGCGACGCAGCUAUUCACUGAAUACUUCACCGGCGUCUUUAAGCCGAAGAAGGAUGCUGUGAUUGUGCAAGAAACACCAGUUGCACAGCAGAGUAGUGGGUUCGGCAGCACAAUGGCUUCGUCGGCUGCAUCCGCCGCACAAAACUUGGCUGCACUCAUACCUUUGCCUUAUAUGAACACCAGUACAGUGCAGACGCCGAAGAAUGGCGACGAGCCGGCUACAGUCCAACAAGCGCAAGUGGUCGAGUCGCUGACAGAAGGUGAAUACGUGGAGUACGAAGUGCCGAAACCACGAGUUGCUUUCCCAGCAUUUAUCGACCACCCUGAUCAGUUUAUCACAUUUCUGGACGCGUGCAUCAACAGUGACGGAGUCAAGGCUGAACACCGUGCCGAUCUUCACACCACGUUGUUCGAGAUGUAUCUCCACAAAGCAGGCACAAGCAAAGAUGCCGACGAGAAGACCGAGUGGGAACAGAAAGCGAAGAAACUCAUCGAGGAAAGGAAUGGCCCCAUCGACACGUCGAACGUCCUUCUCCUGUCCGAUCUCGAAAAGUUCCGCGAAGGUACAAUCCUCGUCAGUGAGCAACAGGGUCUCCGUUUCGAUGUCUUCCGCUCCUACACAGCAGCCUACGACACUCAAGGAGCAAUCAAGGCUUUACGGAAAUAUGGUCCCGAAGAACCACAACUAUACCCUGCCGCUCUCGCGUACUUCACUAGCACACCUCAAGUUCUUGACGCCGCAGGCGAUGAAGUUGACGUCGUACUCAGAAAGAUUGACGAAGACGGUUUGAUGGCUCCUCUACAAGUCAUCCAAACAUUAUCAGCCAAUGCAGUAGCCACAAUGGGUCUGGUCAAACGUUAUCUCUCGCUGACCGUCCAACGCGAACGAGCUGAGAUUGAGUCGAACCGGAAACUGAUCUCCUCGUAUCGAACCGAUACAAUCGCCAAGCAAAACGAAAUCACAGAGUUAUCCACGAAACCGCAAUCAUUCUCGCAGACAAGAUGUUCAAGCUGUGGUGCUACAUUGGACUUGCCAACAGUCCACUUCCUGUGUAAGCACUCUUUCCACCAGAGAUGUUUGAAUGUUCCAGAGGGAAUCGAUAUCAAGAACGACGUGGAGAUUGAAUGUCCAAUUUGUGCACCGCAGAAUGCUAUUGUAAGACAGACCAGAGAGGCACAGAUGGAAAGUGCGAGCAGGCACGAUUUAUUCGAUUCCAGUCUGCAGAAUCCUGGCGAAGGUGGGCGGUUUGGGGUCAUUGGAGAUUGGUUUGGAAGAGGAGUAAUGAGUGCUAGCGUGAACCAUGAUCAAUAGGGCAGAGCAGGGACUGAUUGAUAGCUCCGCCUGGAGUCCUCAAAGUCCAUUCCGCGUAGUCUUCCCAUACCGACAAUACUUGUAUUGUAACCCAUAUCAUCC